UUCUCCUAUCGAUUGCAGCAAUUGAAGUUGAUGUUUUUUCUAUAACUUUAUGUGCUUGCAGAUUUGUUCAUUAUUUUGAGUUAUAUUGACUUUAUUUUUCGUUUGAGUGGCACCGAUGCGCGCUGCGUAUUGGAUUUGCCGCCAGCUGUCGCUGGAAACAAAUGUUAUUCAGUUUGACAUUAGUUUUUAAAAUUGAAUUCUAAUUGGUAUUUUUCUAGUGGGGUUUAGCAUAACCAAUUUAUUUUAGCUUAAAUAAAUAAUUAACAAAAAUGUAUUUGAUAUCGACGGGAAAAACGACUGUGCUUUCAGAUUUCGUUAAUCUUGAAACAAAAUCCAUUUAUCAGCACGCAAAUGGUGAAACAACUGACUUCCAGUUCUAUGCACGGCAGCGUAUCUUCCUAGAGGUAAACAAAAAAUCAGGUCUGGAAGUUAUGCGUAUAAAGGAUAAGGGCGAGCAGAAUUGGGAUAUUCAGCGCGUGCGCAAAUUAAACGUCGGCAAUGUGUACUGUGUUGCUUGCGCGAAGCAGUCGCUAGAGGAAAUGGCAUUUGGAGGUGUCAACGGGCAAGUUAGCAUAUACAAUUACAAAAACACAGAGCUAAUACAUCGUUUCAAAGCUGAAAACAAUCGUAACAGUGUUUUGUAUUUGGAUUACAAUGGAACCGAUGAGUAUAUUGCCUCUGUUUUUGAAUCUGGUCAAAUCAAUGUUUACGGCACCAAGACGAAAACAAAAGUGGACAGCGUCAAUAUAGAUAGCAACUCCACUUUAGCACGUUUUCAUCCUAACAAACGCUUCCAAUUAUCCAUAGCGUCAUUCAAGGGCGCUGUUACAGUCUAUGAUCUACAAACCAAACGCAAGAUUUUCAAUUUAAAGGAUGCACAUGCUUCGCCUUGUCGUGAUUUAUGCAUGUCUGCUGCAACACCCGACACGUUAAUAAGUGUUGGCUACGAUUGUGUUGUUAAUGUAUUCGAUACACGUCGUAGAACACCACAAGUAAAAUUAAAACAUCCGCAUCCAUUGUCCACGACCGCAAUGAGUGGUUGUGGCACUUAUUUUUGUGUAGGAAAUUUAAAAGGUGAGCUUAUUACCUACGACAUGCGCAAUGUUAAGAAAUGUCUAGCCACGAAAAAAGUGCAUGACUGCUCUAUUACAAGGCUGGCUUUUGUGCCCCAGCCUACCGACGAUGGCAGCACCACCUCAAGUUUCACUGGCACAAUAGCUGGUAAUAAUGCCGAUAGUACGACCGAAGCGUCGAGUGAGCCACAGAGAGCAUCCACCACAACACGCCAGCGUGACUCAUUUUGUGAUUUCUUAGACUUUCAAGCAAAUAAACUAGAUCGCAUGUCGACACGUUUUACAAUGCGUCGUGACAGCUUCGAUUGGGACACCCUAGGGCGCAAACCGAAGUCGGAAGAUAGCCACACGAAUACAUCGAAACAAAGUAGUACCAACGAAAAGCCAGGCGACAUCAGUCUCAAUUCAAGUAAUAACUCUAAUGAAGGAAAAUUGUAUUUGAGCUAUGAUUAUAUAAAUACACGCCGAAAAAACCUUGAUGAUGGUAAAAGACCCAUUACGGGAUUAUCAGCGCCCUUACGCGAUCGCAACAGCAUUUCGAAAUUGGUUACAAGUUUGAAACAAAUCGAGGAAGAGGAUCUUGCCUUAUCAGCACAGCAAAGCGUUUCAAGCAGUGGUAGUGAUAAAGAGAAUCCGGUAAAUGCGGAAAUAGAUUUCGACCCAACCAACCAACUUCGUAGCCCGUUGAACGCCUACAAUAGUACACCGUUGGAUAAAGCUAAAGCAACUAAUGAACGAAAGAGCGAUAUAAAAGAGGUAGAUGCCAAAAAAUAUACCACGAAUAAUGCUGGGCCGCAACAAACCGAAAUUUUACAACAAAUUUCCGAUUUGCGCCAGGAAAUGAAUGCACGUUUCCAAAAUUUAGAGUCAGAAAUAAAACUAAAUGCCGAACAAAAUAAAUGGCAAAUUUUUACCCAAAACGCAGACAUUUGGGCCCGUCAAAUGAACACUACCGAAGAUAUACGCGAUGCGCUAAGCUAUCUAGUGCAAACCGAUCCUUUUGUCAACGAAUUUUUACGUUUAAAAGAUGAGAAUGAAUUAUUAAAAGCACAAUUGCAGCAACUAAUGGCGAAAAAAUAAUUAAAAUACACGAUUGUAUAGUUGGAUAUUUAUUUAAUUAAAGUUAAUUAGCGUGUACAAGACUUGUACGCAAAAAUUACUAGUUAUAAUUGUAAACAAAAAAAACAGCACUGAGUAGAUAUUUUUAAUAUUUAAAUAAAGUAAUUCAAUAAUUGCGAAGAAAAAGACUUUAUGCUGCCAAAUUAAAAUUAUAAAAUACACAAAAAACUUGUACUGAAUAAGAAAUAAAGAAUAAUUGUGUUAUACUUUAU